AUGAGAACUACGGCCCAACCUAUCUUCAUCCGUGUCCUCGCAUACAGGCCUUACUCUGAGCUCUGUACAUGCGCGGGCUGCUACGAGGAAGAGAGAACGGUCAGCUCUUUGGGGGUAUGGUGUGCUUCAGCGCUGGAGGUGUCAGUGGGGAAGGUGCCCUUCAUGGAAGCGAUGAACGGCAGCACGGUGCUGUUACCCUGCAUCUACUCCAGCUGCAUCGGCAUCAAGAACCUCUACUUCAACUGGCACUACAACGACAACGGCACCAUGGCGAAGCUGUGUGAGGCUGUGAUCCCUAUAGAAGGUGUGGAACCACGGGUGCAGGUGUACCAGGAGCGGAUAGAGUUUGUGGGCAGCAGUAAGCACAACAACAUCUCCAUCCUGCUUUUCAACGUGACCUUCGAGGACGAGGGAGAGUACACCUGUUUCGCCCGGAACCCCAAGGAGAAGAACCGUAACCACAGCGCCAUCUUCACCCUGUUCGUGGUGGAUGAAUUGAAAGUGGUUGACAAUACCGUAACCACCAUCAUCGUGUCUGUCGUUGGCGGAGUCAUUGGCUUGAUCAUUGUUGUCAUGGUGACAAAGACGGUGGUGCUCCUCAUCCUAAAAAAGUCUGCAGAGAAGAAUAAAGAGUGCCUUGUGAGCUCAGGACAGGACAACACAGAAAAUGGACUGAACACAGCCAAAGCGGACAACAAAGCCACACCAAAGGCAUGAAACAUGUGCACCUAUGUAUAUGUACAUAUAUGUCUGUACAUGUAUAUAUGUACACAUGCAAAUAUAUUGAACAGGCAUAGAAAGAAAGCUAUUAUCAAUGAACUGUUUUAUCUUUAUCUAAUGACAAAAGUAUAACAUAAACCAAUGUGAAAUAGUA